CUCACUCACUCACAACACAACUCAACUUCAAAGCUUCAAAGCUUCAAAGCGUCAACAAACCUUAAAACAAAGGAUAACCCUACAAUAAUAUACUCUACAAAAAUGAAGAUGGCUAGUCCUAGCAUGGGAGGUUCAAAGAGAAGGCUCUCAAGCAGAGGGUUUGGAGGAGCCCUCAGGGAACAAAGGGCAAGGCUAUACAUAAUCAGAAGGUGUGUGGUCAUGCUCCUCUGCUGGCAUGACUAGUACUAUUUCACCUCUUCAAAAUCCAUCACUAUGGAAAACAAGAUUGCUUCUUUCUCUCCUUUCUAUUCUAUUUUUCUUCUUCUCUUCUUCUCUUCUUCUCUUCCUUUCAUUCAUAUCGUGGAGUGUGUAUAUAGCUGACGGCUGGUUAUUGUGGAAGAGUGUUAACAAUUUUUUGUAUGGCUUGCUGGCCUUAUAAAUACAUAUAUGACUUGGCUUUAUGUACAUCGCAAUAACAGAAUUAUUUAUAACAGUUUCAAUUUUAUCAUA